AUGGCACUUUGUAAGGCUGCCUCCAAGCAGGUAAAAGCCAAGCCCGCCUUGUCACCACCACAGGUGCGCACCGCGAGUGGUCGAGAGUGGCGACCAACUGAAAGAGAAAACUACCAUCUCUUCAAAUCUCAACAUGUUGCCCGUCGCCAAGAAAACAAGGAAAACAAGUCAGACAAGCAGAAGAAAAAGGCACUGAAGGUAGCCUACCAAGACCAUCCUGACAUCUUUGAGCAAGAGCCUUCGGAGCUGCAUAGUGACAUCGACAUGGAAGAAGACAUGAUGUUCUCCGAUCACAGCAUCGAAACAAAAUUGUCCAACGCUAACGUCUUAAUGUUCAGCCAAGGGAAAAUUCCCCCAAGGUGGCGCCACACUGACAGCACACACCGCAGCGCACACCAGCCUACUACUACUGACCGGAACGUGAAAGGACUAAAGGCACCAUCGAGGAAUACCCAUCUCGAUGACACUGGUAAUGUUGACGAGUCUGAGUCUGAGUUGGACAAGGAUGACAAUGACAAUGACACCAUGUUACCUACAGCUCAGGGGAUCAAACGACCAUUCGACAUGACAUCAGAGGAUGCCAUGGUACUACCAAAGAUGAGAAAAAAUGUGCAUGGUUCACGUCAACGUGCCAAAGCGAGCGAUUUCGACGACAUCUCCAAAGAGAUUCUCUCAACGGCUUGCUCUAUUUUUCGGUGUCUAAUUGUCACGCAGGCGCCGUUUCCUGAUUCUGUUGCUGCCGAGACAAAAUUGGCAAAAGAGGCCUGGCAUGAGGUGUGCCAAAUGAAAGAUGUUAAUGUCAAACUAACACCUUUAGUAGUCAAAAUGUAUAUUCCUGGUCUAAUUUGUGUGAAGCUCUUAAAACGCACGUCACAUGUGCAAGGCGAACUCAAAAUGAAGAUUAAUUCUAUGGAGGUGGUAAGGAAAAACUGUGAUCUGGCAGUGUCAUUGAAAGACAGUUCAGUCUUUGUUUUCAAGGACUGGUUGAAGAAGAAGGGGAUCUACAAAACCGAAUUGUUGCAAGAGGGCAUCAACAUCAUGUGGUUCACAAACCGAAGUGACAAGGGCGUCAUCUAUCAUAAGUACUUCAACCCCAUACCUGUCAGAGCUGUUGCGCUCAUGCUUAUGGCUCGCUUUGACGAGCGCUCUGCGGCUUACAAACUCGUCGAUAAAAUGUGUACCAAUCUGCACGACACAGCUCGCAUUCUAACAGUCAAGCUUCGAAGCUUUCAUGCUGGCAUUGAAUCACUCAUACCAUUGUCAGCUACAUCCCGGGCUAACAUCGAGGACGAGGCGUUCAAAGAUGCCAUUUGGGAGUUCAAGCUUGAGGAGCAGGACAAUGUGGAGGCUGGUAGCGAGAGUGGGGAGCUUAUAGAUGAGCUUGAGGAUGGAGAGAAGCAUUGA